UGCAGCUACUGAAAUCAGGAAAGUUCCACUAAAUCUGAAAACGUCAUCAUCUUCCUUCGCCACAUGUCACCUCCAAAUUGGUCAGUGCAAUUUCCUUCUGACACGUGGCAGUACAGAUGUUCCCUUCAUUUUUCCCAAUGAAAAGGUGUUGUUUUUUCUCAUUUUUUUUACUUGACAGUCAAUCAAAACAACACACGUAUCACCUGUGAUUUCUUCUUCUGCUACCUCAACCCCAUGGUUAGUAAACAAACCAUGGUUAAAUAUUGGUGGUUAAGAGACUUCAGUCAAUGUAUAAAUGGUAUAUUCUCUCCUAUCCCAACCAUUUGGAUAGAUACAUUUUGUGCUUCUUACGCCCAAAACCUAUUUCUUCUUUUCUCUUCGUUUUCUUCUGCAACUCAAAAAGCCAAACCCUGCAACGGAUUAGACUUCAUUUGGGAGGUUUGUGGAUUUUUGAAGAUGGGUCUCUCGAAUUUCCCCCCUUCAGCUGAAGGAGUGUUGCUGUUACCUGUUCUUGUGAUGAACACUGUAAUGUCGAUGGCGUUUUUGAAGAACUUGGUGAGAUCUGUGAUACAAAUGAUGAGUGCGAGUGGGAAUCCUUCGAGUUCUGAGGAAGAAUUGGAUUGGGAAAAUGGAAGAGAAAGAAGAAUCUCAAUUACCCAGUUCAAAUCUUUGGGUCAAAGCUUCAAUAAUGGCGGAACAGAGAAGGGCUCUGCUUCGAGGUGUGUCAUGGCAGAGUGCUGUGUUUGUCUUUGUGGGUUUGAAGCUGAUGAGGAAGUUAGUGAGUUGUCUUGCAAGCACUUUUUUCAUAAAGCUUGUCUUUCUAAGUGGUUUGAUAAUAAGCACAUUACUUGCCCUCUUUGUCGUUCCAUUGAAUAGUGUUCUUCAUCGUCCACUGCUAAAUUGCAGCUUUUUGAAGCAUACUUUUGUUUUAGGGGUUUUUUUUUCUUCUUGUUCUUCACAUUUCUUCUCUUAUCGCUCUCCAUAUCAUCACUUUCCCUUUAUAUUUGUAUUGUAUAAUGGAAGAUUAGGCAUAGGAAAAGUGUUCUUCAGAUAAAUCCUGCACUGUUCUAUUAAGCUCCUGCUCUAACUCAAAGCACCCAGAAGAUCAAUUUAGAAUUCAAAAGGAUUCAUCAGUAAAAGCUAAGAACAGUUAAAGCAGGGAGCUUUAAAUGGCUUGGAGCAGCUGGGCAGUCACAGAACUGGCAAAUUCCAAUGUGUGGGGCUCUGUUCUUCAGUGAAAAAUCUAGUUCAGAAGUCGUUCAACACAAGAAAUGGUGUGUGUGGUGUGCAAAAUGAUGACCAGAAAUUCAGCUAUGGGCGUGUUGGGACACGACCAUCGUUUGUAUCAAAUGUUUGUUACUUUUCUCGUUCUAUCACAAAGAUUUGAAACUUGUCUGUACUCGUUAUAUUGAAGCUUGAAGAAUGAUCUGCAAUGAACCAGAUGUAACUCUUUUCUUGUAUUUAUUUGAUAUACCAAAUAUGGAGGCAAUUUAAUUCUUCCACCGGUU